GCUUCCUUGCCCAUCCCGGGGAUGUGGCGACAUGCCGAUGAGAUCUCAGCAAUCCGUGUGUCGCACAUGGAUAAGUAUGAUCGAAAUGAAACAGACAUUGAUCGAAUUCAUCGCAUUCCUGUGUCCCAUCGAUCACUCGUGCGUCGGUCCACGUACACAACUAGAGACACGACGAGUGAAUAGAGAAUGAAGGCAAAAUGGAUAGGCGAAUGGACGGACGGACGGACGGAUGGACGGAUGCUGACUGACGGACCUGUAUCAAUGAUACAUAACAUUGGUUCAGACAGACAGACAUUGACAAACCGAACAGGCUCCAGUUCCCCAUAGUUCUCCCAAGAAUGCACGCAAACAAAGAGUUCACACUGCCAUGUCACACAUACAUUCCAUCUCACUUCAACCCCGUGUCAUGCCAUCUCAACCAAAAAAUGACUUGCCAGUCAUACUCAAGGACAAAGGCAACAGACCUCUAUGUCCCAUCGCUACCGCCCUGGGCAGAGUGGUGUCUGGGCUCGCGCUCCAUGCAAACGGGCGACGUCUUUUUUGCCCCCGAAUGCCCUUGGAAUCACCGUUGAGUCUACUGAUGGUCAGACAGACAGACACACGCCCGCACACAUCAGUGUCGAUGUCACCUCGUGUGUAGCGUACGUGGCGGUAGCGGCUUCAGAAGUUGCACGGUGAAUGGAUUCUCCUUCGUCUUGCCCCUACACACACACACACACACAUACACACACAGUAUGUCUGACUGUGGGGUGAGUGGUCGAGCGCGUACUCGUUGCCGAACUCCUCCUCGAUGAGGUCAGUGUCCUGAGCGUCGAGAUGGCCGAUGAACUUGACGUCACCCGGACCGGUGGCCCCCGGAAGCACCUUCAUCAUCCAUAUGACCGACUUCAGGUCGCCGACGGUGUGGAAAGCGCCUCUCUUGAUGAAGGGAGUCAACCCGAGGGUGACGACCGGUGUGGUAUCCUCGGCAUAACGCCACUGAAAGUACCGCUCCUCCUGCAUCUCCACUUUCAACCACUUUGUGAUCUUAAG